AUGCGCGCGAAGUCCAAGUCGCGCGCCCGCACUCAGCCCUCCAAGACGCCAGGUCAGGAGUUUUUUGCGCUAGGUAGCAAUCGUUCUACUGGUGCUUCUACGCUUAACACCAAUAAAGCUAGCUUCUACCGCCGUCCUGAAUCCGGUAAGGUUUCGCCCUCUGCAGUAGCUGCAGCCAGAGCGAGGUCACGUUCGUCCGGUAUGCGAAGUAGCCGAUGGGACAAUUCAUCACACCCAGGCACUACAAGCUGUCGCAAUACAUCGCCCUUUGCAACCCGAAUGAGGACGAAGUCCGCUAUGAGAGAGCUACAGGAUACGAGUGCAGCCAUUCAUCACAGAGAGCAUGAUGCUUCCGUCAGACGCAGUGAGAGUAGCAAAAGUAGCAGCGGGAACAAGCGGGAGCGCUCAAAGUCAAAAACACGCGAGCGGAAUAGAAAACGACGAGGACGUGAGCGAUCUUCGACUCGUGACCGGCACUCUCGGCGAUCGAGAACAGCCGACAUAAGUGAUGACGAGAACAAAGUUCCUAAGAAAAUGUUGCGUAGUAGCCGACAUUGGAGUAGAGGCGGCAGUGAUCUUCAGGAGAUUGAGAAUGCCAUUGGAGAUACUGAACGAGAAUUAAAGCCGAUGAUGAAACAAUUGGAGGAGCUAAAGGAUCAAUUGAAAAAGCUGCAAAAGCGCGUUGAGACUAAGGAAAUUGAGAUAUAUGAUCUUCAGGUUGAUCUAGACGCGCUCAGAAAACGUCGAGAGCGACGGUUGCCUUCACAUCAUAGCGCCAGUAGCUGCAAUGAAGAACCUUUUAAAAGAUCUAGAAGCAAAAGCGAGCGACGUAACAGCCGGCGGUCCAAGAGCCAUGUGUCGAAACGUCCAUGUAUUGUGGAUGAAGAUGAUGAAAGUAGCGAUGAUGACUGUGUAAUUGUGGAUAAGAACGAAGUGAAGGAAGAAGCGAAACCGAAUGCAAUGGCAAUAUCGAGCACUGUCGUACCCAUUGAAGACUCGAUGCCCGACCAUUUUUGGGGUCGCUCGACAGAACCAAAGCUGCUGGCAAAUUACCGUUUUCGUGCGAUUCCAGACGGUAGUGUACGUAAAGGCCGUCAUCUUGCUUUCAACCCAAUUCAGCCUCAAAUCUUUGCCACCAGUCCUGAUGAAGGUGGUCUGAUCUUGUGGAGCUACCAACGUCAGGAUCAAGACAUUUCAAAGGUGGUGACUCUCACGCCACCUUCGUUUCGCCGAGAUAAUCCGUGUGCCGAGUCUAUCGCGUGGAGCCCGGAUGGAAAUCGUAUGGCCAUGGCGUUUCGAGAUCCUGUUGAGGAAAAAGGAGAAUUUUGCGUUGUGCAGCUCCAUCAGCUUAAGCUUGAAGAUAGCGACAAGCCGCAACCGAUUCCACGUGACCGCAUCACGUCGAAGUGCACAACGUUGCACUCACGAGGAAUUUCUGCCAUCGACUGGCUGCCAAGUGGGUUCGGUUCGGAGACCACAAGUCAUCUUUUGGUCACAACUGGCAACUCGGAUCAUGCUGUUGUGCUGUGGGAAGAGCACGAAGUCGGACAGCAAGAUGGCUUGGACUUUAAGUUUAAUGUCUUGCAUCGGGAUCAUCGCAGUGAGGUGAAGUCGCUCUGUGUUCACUCGAAGCGUGAGUGUUUGUUUACCGGCGGUCUUGACGGUUUACUUAUCCGAUAUGACCUGAACAAGGGGAGCAGUAGCAUUGUGAUGGAACGUCGAAAGCCAAAUAUUUCUAAAAUAAAUUCGAUACUGGAACAUCCACACAAUCCAAACAUGCUUUUGGUCAGCUCGGUGGAACAGAGUAGACACGAUCUGUUGCUUUAUGACCUGCGCCAGCGUUAUGACCAUACGACUAUGUCACUAACAUGGGAGGGCACCUCGAUGAGUCAGUACGUCGUGCCAAGGUGGUCGCCUGCCGGUUAUCAUGUUUCUUGUGGCAGCAAAACAGGGGUUGUGAACAUUUGGGAUGUACGCAUGCGCGGUGAAAAUUACCCUAGAGUGCGCCCGCAUCAAUCCCUUCGCGUGCAUCAUAAAACCGUGCUCCACGCUACAUGGCAUCCGCGCUAUGACGCAAUGUUUAGUGUUUCUCAUGAUCGGACACUCGGACUGCUUACUUUUCGAUAA